CAGCGGUCGUUGGCUUCCACUGAUAGCUCGCACGACGCUCAGCCCACGUAAGGCCACUUUGGGCAGACGCGGCACAAGCAAGCGCACCGACGCACCGAAGGUCCUCCGGUGCCGAUCUUUCGCAGGCAACACAAGCCACCCUUGCCGACGGCCAGCCAGACCGGACGUCUGCGCUGCGCAAUUCCUUACCCCGCCUUUUCGAUAAGGGUGGGGGCCCUGCUCGAAAAAAAAAAAUCGCGACAAAGGGAUCCAGGUCGAGUGUGUUCUGUAGGAGGGGCCGGGCCGCUGAAUCUCGAGAGGCGAAGCAGCGCGGGAUGGGUCGCAAGGAGGCCAAUCCGGGCCAGCGGUACGCGUGUGACAGGCCCGGAUGCGAUAAGCAUUACUCGCGACCGGACCAUCUUCUCAGACACAAGCUCAACCACGACCGAGAGCGGGUGCUAGCGUGUAACCAAUGUGAUCGAACCUUCGUUCGUCAGGACUUGCUGGCGCGGCACUUGGAGAGGCACGCCGUGAGGGGAAAGACACUAGGGAGAUGGAGCGGCAAGCGCAAGGGCGAGGACGGUGGCAGCAGCUCGAAAAAGUCUAGAAUGGGCACUGACGGUGGCGAUGACGAGGACGAGGACGAGGAUGAGGACGAGGAUGAAGAAGAUGAGGAGGAGGAUGACGAAGGCGAGCACCAGCAGCAUUCUCGGAGGCAGGGUGGCAACGGUACCCAAUCCACAGCAACAGCAGGACCGGCAGGACCCUCGAUGGGGUAUGCACGAGCAUAUCCCGCCGAGAUGUAUGCAUCGUCUGAUGCUGCCUACCAAGUCAGGCCUGUCGAUGGGAAUGCAGUGUCGCCGUCCGCGCCGAUACCCUCGCCAUUUACGGAUCUACAACCUGCUCACUAUCCAUCGCAGUAUCCCUCGCGCACCCCACCGAGUUCAUACUCACGAAGCAAUGGCGAAUCGUCCAUUCGGCCUCCGCUUCCCUACCAGCUCUUCGAGCAACAGGAGCAGCACCAACAGCAUCCACAAAAUCCAUACCUACCCCAACCGCAGGACUCGCGAUCCAAUCGACCAUCCUGGCUUUCGUCGGAGCAGUACGCGAGCCCCCCGUAUGCGCCCGUACAUCCCCCACCGCCGCCGCCGCCUCCUGCGCCAGCACCAGCGACGGCGACACCAAAUGUGUUUUCAGAUCUUUCGACGAACCAGUACCAGGCCCAACAGCCUUCGCCGCGAACGUCAACCGCGCCAUUUGCCUCGGUUGACUCGCACAUAACCUGGCGUGGAGGGGUCACUGCUGGAAACCAGGGCUCCAAUGGAAGCAUGCUCCUGUCUUCGCAACAAGGAACCGGUCCCGAUGCCUUCCCCUUUUCGCUUCCCGAUGCUUCCGAUGUGGCAGCUGACUACGACUGGCUCUUUGACGGUGUUGAUCCGUCUUUGUCGGUGCGAGCCGAGGACAUGGCUUCAGAGCUCAGUGGCGCAAGAUCCAACAUAGCCAAGGACGGCGACGAAGGAACCAAGGGUGUCACUGCCUCGCUCGAGACAGGCUCGGAUGACUGGCCACCGCAGGAGGACAUGGGUCACCACGAUGGUCUUGCUGGCAUCGACGAGACCUUGGCUGGAUUUGAUGGUCGCGAUGCUGCGGGAACUGAAGCGCUGCAAGAUCUGGCGUUCUUUGCGAGCCUCCAAAGCGAGAUUCCCAACGAAGCGGCAUUCGACGUCGAUGCAGAGGCACGCGACCGCCUUCUCUUCUUCCUUUCGUCUUUGCCCGAGCUCCCUAGCUCGCCUCUGUUCACGCCGUCGGCGCUGCGCUGCUACAUCCACCUCUUCUUCACCAAGCUCAACACGAUCUACCCCCUCAUCCACCGACCCACAUUUUCAGCGAGAAUGGCCGACCCUAUGCUCCUCUCGGCAAUCAUCGUAUGCGGCGCUCACUUUGCCGAUGACGCCGCGCACCUCCUCGCCGAACGCAUCGGGCGCAAGCUGUGGGGCGCCUACGUCUCCUUUGACGACUUCCGACCGGCUCGAGCGACACUGUCGAUGCUCCAGGCCAUGCUCCUUACAGAGAUCUUUGGCAAGCUGAUGGGCACCCGGCCGCAGCACGAGACGGCACAUCUCUUUCACAACUUUAUUAUCACUCUGGCCCGACGCAACGCCGUCUUUUCGCCCUCGAAAGUCAAGCUCCCAAGCCAGACGGAGGAGAAAUGGCGCGCAUGGUCUAGGGAAGAGGAAAAGAAGCGGAUUGCAUUCUUUGCUUUCAUCUUGGAUGCUCAGCACGCCACAAUGUUCCGGCACAUUCCCGCCCUCUCAUCUUUCCAGAUUCAUCUUCAGCUUCCGUGCGACGAGGAAGAAUGGAUCGCCAAGACUUCACGGGACUGGGCGCAGCUUCGACGCCAACGGAGCAAAGACCCGUCGUACUUCAUUGCUGCACUCAAAGCCAGCCUGAAUCCGGAUCAUACACCGCCAAUGUCGGAUAAAGACAGCUUUCCCCAGUUUAUUCUUCUCCAUGGCCUAAUGAGUGUCGCAUACGAUCUCCAGUGGAAGCAGCAGACGCUGCUGGCAGCCCCCGAGACGAGCGAGAGCAUCUCGAGUUGGAAGGACAAAAUCAAGGCCAGCUACAGCGCCUGGAAGCUCAGACUUGAUGCUGCGUGCUAUAAUACCUCCUCGGCCACGGCACGAGCCAUCUUUCGAGCAAGCCACAGCCUCGUGGUGUGGGCGCAAGUUGUGUUGCACGCUGAUUCAGUUGAUAUUCAAAUCUAUGCCGGCUUGCCAACCGUCCUCGGCCGGUUCAUCGACCAUCACACGUUCAGCGUUUCGAGACGUGCCUGCAAGGAGUGGGCGAGGAGCCGCGACGGGCGCAUCGCAGCCUGGUUUGCGGCAAGCUUUCUCAAGGCUACACUCCUGGUCGAUGCUGAAGAUCGAGGCGCGACCACUCCCGGAUUUGAUGAGCUCUUGCACCAUCACUGGGUCCAAUAUCUCUGUGCUCUUACAUUAUGGGCAUAUGGGAAGGCAUUAGCUCCGCCCAAGGCGAAACCGGAAAUGCACAAUCAGGCAAGACCGCGCAGUCAAGAUAGCGGCACCGAAUCUGGGCCCAGCUCGCUGUCAAAUCUCUUGCAGAUAACACCAAGCCAUCUUGCUCAGCGACGUCCGUCGAUUCCGUCAUUUGAGAGAACCAGAGCGGAGGCGACUGCCUUUUUGAAUCAGGUGACGACACAGAGGCCAGAGGACGGCUCCCCGACGGAACACCCCUAUCAUCUCACUGCAUCGGUCUUGGAGCUCGUCGAUCGGGAAGUCAGAGGAUCGCGAUGGGAGCUAGAAAGAGAGGCCUCUGGUGUCCUAAGAAAGCUCAUCAGAGCCGACCAGCAAGUUGGAGGCGUCAUCACGGCCGUCCCGACACCGGCUGGAACGCCCCCUCCUUUGGGGACGAGGCUCGACAAUGGCCAAAGAAUCAAGAUCGAAGGAGCUUGACAUGUAUCAUUCCAAUCCUUUCCCCACUCUUCUCUCUCUCUCUCUCUCUCUCUCUCUUCCAACCGUGUAUCGUCAUCGCCAGUACAUGUCCUCUCUUUCUCAAUUCGUAUCUUAAGAU